AUGAUGAUUUUCUUGGGCCAGAUGAAUCAACUAACAACCUUCUCCUUGUCGAUGUACCCCAAUAUACCAGCGGAGGUGGUCAACAUAUUUGCAAACAUGCCUCACCUGGUUGAUAUUAGUCUCCACCAAUUUGAUGUGCUCGAUAAGCUGCCUGCUGAGUUCCCACAAAGCUUACGUCGUCUUGUUCUAGAUGCUUAUGUCAUAAAACAAGACCCAAUGCUGAUCCUGGAGAAACUCCCCUGUCUUGUGGUGUUGGAGCUGAGUGGGUACAAAGGCCAGACCAUGUGCUGCUCUGCCCAAGGGUUUCCUCAGCUGCAAGAGUUAAAACUUUUAAAAAUUUUCACCCAUGAGUGGAGGAUGGAGGAAGGGACAAUGCCAAAGCUCUCCCACCUGACACUUUGGCUGUGGGAGAAGAUCAGCAAGCUCCCCGAGGUGUUGCUGCACCUUCCAUCCCUCGGUCACCUGAAGCUGAAGUAUAUGGACCAGAUUUCUGACGAUGACAUCACACUAAAGGAGCUGCUGCGGAAAGGGUGCGAGGUACUCCCUCCGUUCCAAAAUAGAUGA